GCAGAACCUGUGGCUACUUACUGGCUUUUCUUUCUCCUUCCUCUCCUUUUAUUUCCACUUCCAUGCAAGCAGUGCUCCUGCUUGCAUGGGUUGCCUUUUUCUUUCUGUGGCUUGGAGUGGCAUUGAGCUAAACUCUAGAGCACGCCUCUGUGGUGGUUUUAGGGUGCACUAAUAUCCUGAAUGAAUCAUUUUUGGAAGCAAACACAGUCCAUAUUAUUGACUGUCUGGAGAGACUCUAGCAGUAACUGAGAGGACAGGAGACCAUAAGCUGUUCAGAGCCUUUAAAGUCUCAGUGCUGUCCCACAGCCACGCACUGGAAUGUGUUGUGGUGGAGCACACGGAUGUUCUUCAGAGGGGGGCUUGCUGGAAAUUUGAAGCCAUGUGAUUGUCUGACUGAUUUCUGGAGAAGAGCAUCAUGUCCCAUGGAGGAGCUGGAGAGGUUUCUAUUGGUGACGGAUUUGCUCUGGCACCUGAUGUGCGUGCCAGCAGCCAUCUCAUCAGGGGGACGUGGACGUCACUGUCACCAUAGAGACAGCAAGGAGGAUUCGGUUUCAAAAGGUGAAGAGAAGCUGGGAAGUAAGAAGGAGGAAGCAUUUUUUGCUGCAGGUCUGAGAAAGGCGGUCUGGCAUGGAGAAAGAGAAGUUCCAGCAGAAGGCUCUGAAGCAAACUAAGCAGAAGAAAUCCAAGUCGGCUGAAUUUCUGAUGGUAAAAGAAGAGAGAGCAGCAACAGAAGGCAUUGAAAAUCCAGCUUUUAACAUCAGCAGCACACAUCUUUCAGCAUAUCAGCCUUCAGAAGAGAAAGUUAUUAGACAUGACAAGCCAGAUAGCACCCUUGCAGCUCACCAACAAAAACUCGGGCUGCAAGCCCAUGCUGAACCAAGAGGAAAUGAAUACAGCAGAAAUUACUUUGACCCGUUGAUGGGUGAGGAAAUAAACCCAAGGCAGUGUGGGAUGGAGGUCAGUGAGGAAGAUCCUGUGAAAUUUGAUGAGCAAGUCCUUUACUCUAAACUGAUGAAGCUUCUAGAUGAAGAAAACAAGAUGCUGGACUUCCAAGCAGCCCAUGUCGUCAGUGAAGAUUUUCCGGACGCUGUAAUGCCUGUCAGCUCCAGUAAGGCAUGUGACCUUCACAGAGAGCUUGAAGAUGAAGAGAUCCCUUCAUAUAUCGAACAGUUUGAGAGAGAUGUUCAGGAUGACAUAAUUCUGCUUGGCAGCUUUUCACUGGAACAGCACAAGGGAGCUUCUCACCACAAGAAAAAAAAGUGGAGAGCCAGGAUUCAUGAACUCUUUCAAAGAGUGGGAAGUCAGCUACUGAAAACAGAGCAGAGUGGAAUUGAAGAAGAAAUGGUAGCCAGCUUUGGUAACCUUACAGAUGUGAAUACUGGAUUAAAUGGAGCAGCAGGACCUCGUGGGAAGGUUGACUGCUCCAAGAUGCCACAGCCGCUAGAAAUUCACCUCAGAUGCCUGAGGGGAGUCAAAGAUAAGGUCCCUAAAGGCCUCUACACUCUCAAAGUUUCUGUUCUCAGCCGCUUAGGUGGUUCCUUGGUGGAGCUGGAGGAGCAGCCUCAGGCCAGGACGACGCGGCCUGUUAGUCAUGGUGGAAACUUCUACAACACUGAAAUCUACUUUGGACAAAGUAUCCAGACAGUUCUACCACACAGAAAAGCUUUGAAACCAGGCAUGGUACUCCUCUUUGAACUCUUCCUUCUUCGUGGCACCUACACCUGGAUUGAUCGAGAAGUGGGAUGGGGAGCUUUUCCCUUAUGUGAUAACAAUUUUAAUGCUUUGGAGGGAAAAUUUAAAUGUCCCUUCCUUAGAGGACAUUAUGACUCCAAAAUCGAUCGAUUCAAAAAAAUUGAAAAUUUUAUUUCUCAGGACUUGGAUCAUUGGUUAUGCAAUUUCUACUUUCAGAUAAUUAAACUACCGCAGGAUUCAGAUAAGCGAAGUAAGUGUGGUAUGCAUGUUCAUCUGCCACCUGAACUUCUAAUGUGUUCAAGCACUGCUGAAAAGAAUGGUGUCUCAGAAAAUGUUGUACAGUCUGGACCACAAGGUGUGAGAGUUCAAACCAGACUCAUUGCUGAGGAUGGAAUGGCCAUGCUGGCCUGUGCUUUAGGCUGAAUAAUGCUUGGAAUGUCACAGCAAUAACAGCUCAGCUGUUUAUGGCUCCAAGCUUACAGGAAGAGAAAAGAAAAAGAUGCUUUUUUGUGUCCUUCUGGAAGAACUUUAGCACCUCCCUGGGCUACAACAAGGACUUCAGAUUUGGCAGGGAGAUAGUUCUGGCAUCAGAAGCAUGCCUUAUGCUACUCCUCUGAAAUUCUGUUAAGAUUCAUUCAAGUGAUAACCCAUAGGAUGGACAAUUAUCAUUUACUUGUGUACAGCAGACCUCCCCAGAAGCUUUCUCAAAAAUCACUGAAUGUUCCUUUUAGACUGAUCCUCCCUGGACUCUGUGAACCUUCUGAUGUAGCUACACUGACCAUAUUGCAAUGGACUCACAAACUGCUCCUUUGCUGGUAGAAAUCCAGUAAUGAGAAGAAUUGUAGGAGGCUGCUGUUCUUUUCUUUUUUCAGCACGUGGGAUGAGACUUCCAUAAACAAAAAUAAUUCAUUUUUGCUAUACAUAUAUUUCUAUAUUCCCUCUUGUUUAAUGAACUGAAGCAUUCAGUCAACUCAUAGAUUGUAGUGUAUGUGUGAAUAUUAUGUGCAGAUCUGAAACAGAGAAUUAUUUCUUCAGGGCAGAUGUUCCUUAGGCAUUUGAGAACAGCAGUAGUGAUGCACUGUAGAUGGCACAGGAGGAGAAAGAAGAGGCUGUGGAAAGGAAAGAAAGAACGCAUAAACAAUAUUCAUUUAGCAUGGGCAGCUCAGGUUGGAAGCAUAACUUGAAAAGAAUCCAGGAGAAGUCUUUUUCAGACAGUUAGUGGUGAUUUAAGAGAUAAAGAAAAUGAGGUUUGCCCUGAGAUGCUUUUAGGCUAAGCAGCAACUGCACUGUGAUCAAAAGGCUUUUAUAUAACCACCCUGAUAAGAGAAGCAUGGAGGUGUAAGCAUACACUAUACUGAGGAUUAAAGUCUUUUUUGUUGUCAUGUAUCUUCUACAUAUCUGCUAACUUGCUUUGAGAUGCAGCAAACCAUGAAUAGCGGAUCCAAAAGGUAGAAUUGCAGGCAACACUUAUCCACAGUGAAGAAUUGUGGACAAACUCUUAAUGGAUCAAACUUGUUUGGUCCUACCAUCAAUCUUCAUAUGCAUUUGGAACUGCACAUAGAGGGUGCAGCUAAACAGGUUUCUGGAAACACUUGGAAAAACUUGUGAUGCUCACUUUGAAAAGUCAAGAAAUACAGGUUUUUAAGAACUGAAAAAGAGCAUUGUUGUAUGUCCCGUUUUGCAUGUAGACCUCUGAAAUUUGCUGAUAAGGCGAUCAUGGAAGAUCUAUAAUUUUCCUGCCGAAAAGAUCUGCACAAACAAAACUUUUAGGAGUAUUUUUUGAUAUUGCUUAUAUUUAUUUAUUUUUCUUGGAGCGUUCUUUAAAGAUAUUAUUAGCUGCCAAUA